CACGUGUUUUUCCUCUAUUAUAUAACACACCUUCACAAGAAAAAAAAUUACAGAAAAACAACGUGAUAUUCAAAAAUCAUAAAAGCAAUUCCGGUCCCCCCUGAAAGUGAAAGAUCCGACACCCACUAAACUAAAGAGAGAGUUUCGGUUAUUCGAUGCAAAAUCUUCGAGGCAAACGACCGUGACUUAUCGCAGAAAAAUAUGAAACGAAUUCGCCUUUUUGUAGUUUUGUUAAUUUUAUGUCAAUGUUAUGCGGGAUGUAACGGGAUUUAUUUGAAUAGUAGUAAAGUUUGGAAGAGUGACAAUCCUGCUAUAUGGACCGAGGAGGGAGGCGUUUGGGGAGCUAUGCUAGAAGAUUGGGCACUGGGAGGAGGAACCAACCACAGAACUAGCAGAGUAAUGAGGAUUCCCAUCUCGGAACACGCGUACGUCAUCCAGGACCGCGUGGACACGGACGUACUACUACAAAAAGAGAGCAAAAUCAGCGGCGGUAAAAUAGUCACUUCCGGUCCACCUACGAAAAUCACCAGCACCGGAAGUCACAACCCUUACAGACCACCGCCAAGGCAAGUAUCCGAAACCGAUCUGUACCUGUUGGGUGCCAUCGAAAAAUUAGUAUAUAAGGUGGAUUUCAUGGAGAAAAGACUGCGAAGGGUGGAAGAGAUGUUGUAUUACGUCAUGGCCGGAAAUCGAGUUGAUACAGAACCUUGUCCGGAUAAUUUCACCAGAGCCGGUCAAAAUUGCUAUCAUUUCGCUAGUAACGCGGGCAGAGAGUACGACUGGAAAGUGGCGAGUAAACACUGCAAGAAAUUGGGAGCAGUUCUGGCCGAAAUGGAAACUAUCGAGGAAAAUCAGGAUCUGGUUGCUUAUAUCCAGAACGAUUCCCACCUUAAAGGUAAAGAUUUUUGGGUGGGCGGAUUGAACCCCGGUCUGCUCUGGAUCUGGAGUAACACGGCCAGACCCGUGGUAGCGCCGGGUUCCCAAAAUAACAAAGAAAAUCCGUCCGCGGCAAUUUAUGGCGAGGGCAGGUGUCUGAGGUUGGCCUACAAUCCAGCGUUGAGGUCCUACGAUUACAAAGGUACCGAUUGUUCGGUGAGGUACAGCUAUAUAUGUGAGGCACCGGAGGAAACUAGUAGUAACGAAAUUAAAAAAAUCGGAAGGAGUAUGAAGAUUUUUGAGGAUUAAUUUGAGAGGAGUUGAGUGAAGAGACAUUAUUUAUUUAGUUUUAGUUCAUUGUGUUCUAAGCUAAUAUAUCAAUAAGCUGGUAAUAAAUUAUUUAUAUUUUACUCUGAA